UGGCAUGGCAUGCGAUCUGCGAUGAUAGAUCAUCAUUCUUUUUGUGUUGUGGUGUAGAUCGUGUAAACGAAAUUUGCUAUGGACUAGGCUACGGCAAAAAAUAAAAUUUGGAAUUUCUGUCAUUAUUCUGUGAGCUAUCUAUUGUGUAUGAUAAUAAUUAUCAUCUUUAUAUCUAUCUCAGAGUUUAAGAAACAACUUGCUAGUAUCGUUAACCAUUCUCUAUAUAAUUCAAACAAAAAUUGUCAAUGUUUUGAAAUUGAAAUUCAUUUGUAAAAAAAUGAGAAUUAUCAAUUCAAUGGAGUGUCAUAAGUUUUGCCAAUAGGCUAAUAAGGAAUCUAGGUUGUGAUACUCUCAGUUGCUCCGUUGUUCGUCCACGAUGACUCUGUCUCACCAGCUUCAAGCCAUCUGGUGGAGAAAUUUGAUUUUGAAGAAAAGAGGAUGGUUUGCUUCCAUCUGCGAUCUUUCUAUUCCCUUGAUCAGUCUUUGCCUAUUAUUCUAUUUAUAUUUCAAGGGUGUCAUAGGCAAAGAGCCCGGUGUAGUUCCGGAAAUUGUAUUCCCUAGAGAGGUAUUUAAUGAAGACUGUCUUCACUAUCAAGGAUAUUCUAACGUUAGUCUGCUAUACACCAAUCAAAAUGAUCCAAAUGUCAAGGGAAUCAUGGAAUACAUCAACAGAACUAAUUCCAUCGAUGGUCUUUUCGCUUAUUUCAAAUCAAUUGGAUUCGACAGUGAACAUGAUAUGGAAAAUUGGGUACUUGCAAAUGUAAAUGAAAGCGACUAUAGACAAAUAGCGUAUGGAAUUGUAUUCAACAAAGUGGAUGAAAAGGAAUUUUCAUAUAAAUUGAGAUCUUCUUUACCGGACGAUUAUCCUAGUUUCAGAUCAGAGGAUGCAGGUCCAGAUUUCUACACCGUAAAAUGUUUCCUGGAUUUGCAGAAAGGUCUUAGUGAAGGAUUCUUAAAAGUUCAAGGAAAAACAAUUCCUAAUAAUAUUGACUUAGGCAUUCAAAGGUUCCCGGUUCCUCAAUAUUUGAAACCAGGUGCACUGUGGGAAUUGCUGGAAACAGUGUUGACGUACAUAAUGUUCAUAUCAGUUAUGAUCACUACAAAUCUCCCAGUUCCAAAAAUUGUUUCAGAAAAAGAAACUGGAGCCAAGGAGCUGAUGCGACUGAUGGGGAUACGGCGUGAGGUGCUGUGGGGAGGCUGGCUGAUGAACAUGCUCACGUUCGGCCUGGUCAAUGUCACCUACACCAGCGUUCUACUCAAAGUGCAGAUCAAAGAAGACUUCUCUGCUCUCCUCCCAAAGACAAACAUCAUUCUUCUCUGGAUUGUUCUUGUGCUAUUCCUUGUAACAAUGGGCUUGUAUGCUUUGUUCUUCUGCUGUUUGUUCAAGAAACCUCUAUUGGCGAAUUUUAUCGUAACGCUGGCACAUUUGUGUCCGUUCUAUGCCUUGGCUGGGCCAAAGUUAUUGGAUGACAAAGGAAAGUUGUUGAAUAUCUUGGCCUGUAUAGUGUUUCCACAAUUCAACUGGAGUAGAACUGCAAAUCUGAUUGUUAGCUUCGAAAAACAAUAUGAUGGUAUAAGCUUUUUCAAUCUUUUCAAAGAGUGUGAUCAGGCUGCGGCCAGAAUUGAAAUGAUUUGGCUCUUACUGAGUUACUUGCUGAGUUGUGUCUUGUACUCCAUCUUGAUUUGGUAUUUCGAUAGUAUAAUGCCCGGCGAGUAUGGUAUUGCCAGACCUCUCUACUUCCCAUUCCAGAUGUGCUCUCGAAAGAAGAAUAAUGUUAUAAAGGAAGAUACGGAUUUGAACGAGACUUUCUUUGAGAAAACGGGUCCCAACACCAAAGUGGGCUUGUCAGUGCGUAAUUUGAUGAAGGUGUUCAAGGGCGAUGUGUACGCUGUGAAUGGAGUCAACUUGGAUGUCUAUGACGGACAAAUUAUGGCUCUGCUGGGUCAUAAUGGCGCUGGAAAAACUACAACCAUGUCAAUGAUCACAGGUAUGUAUUCUCCAAGCUCUGGAAAAAUCAUCGCAUCUGAUAAUGGUUCGACUUAUAAUAUUUUCGAUAAUAUGGAUAAGUUCAGGAAAAGUCUUGGAUUGUGUCCUCAACAUAAUUUAGUAAUCCCCUACUUGACAGUUUUGGAGCAUUUAACCUUCUUUGGCAUGUUGAAGGGAUUGGAUAAGAGACGAGCUGAAAGUGAUGGUCUGAAUUGGCUUCGUAGAUUCAACAUCCUUGAUAAGAAAAACAACUUUCCACCAAAAUUAUCUGGAGGAAUGAAGAGGAAAUUGUGUCUUGCAAUUUCACUGGUUGGAGACCCCAAGAUACUGAUAUUGGAUGAGCCAACAUCUGGCCUGGACCCUGAAUCAAGACGAGAAUUGUGGGAUAGUUUACUGGAGCUACGUCAAAAUCACACGAUCAUCAUAACCACCCAUUUCAUGGAAGAAGCUGACGCUCUUGGAGACCGAAUAGCUAUUAUGGAUCAUGGCAAAAUAAUAUGCUGCGGUAGUCCAAUGUUUCUCAAGAAAUUAUAUGGUACGGGAUACAACCUACAAUUGCUUACCAUUCCAAGUGCAAAUAGGGACGCUAUUACACAAAUGAUCAGGAGUGUUAUACCAAACGGUUCAUUGAAGACAAGCCAACAAGGUCAACUAACCUAUUCCUUGCCAAUUGAAGAAUCGAAGAAAUUUGCCGAGCUUUUUGAGAGCCUUGAACAAAGCAAAACAUCUUUCGGUAUCACGAGUAUUGGAAUUUCGCUAACAACUAUGGAGGAAGUAUUUCUGAGAGCUGGCGUCGACACUUCUCAGCUUGUUCAAAAUGAUGGCAUGGAUGAGCCUGACGGCAAUCGUGGAUCGAAUGGCAAUUCAAUGAGAAGAAGCUCAAGCACGGAAUCAAAAACGAAUAGAAGGAACCCAGAAAACGGAACAGGUUCACGCCUGAUCCAUAAACACUCGCUAGAUAAUGGUAUGUUUAUUGAACUUUCCAUUUUCGGCAGUCCUUGUUCCUUCUGUAUUUGUUAACAUUUUUAAUUCCUU